CAAGGAGGAGAAUCUUCCUAUUCCUCCUCAGCUGAGGAACAAUGGCAAGAUUCUGGCAGGCCCCACAACUCCUGUUGGCCAUCUUUAUGGCCCUGGUGGCCCACACCUACCAAGUAAGAAAGAAAACCUUUCUGAGUGUUGGAGAAGUGUCUGCAUCAGACCCUUAUGUGACAACCACCAUGCAGUAUUUGAGCGAUGACUUCAACAAGAAGAGUAACGACAAGUACAAUUUCCGGAUUGUGCGGCUCCUGAAGGUCCAGAAGCAGAUUACUGACCAUAUGGAGUUUCAUGUGAACAUGGAAAUGCGGCGGACCACCUGUCAAAAGCUGGAGACUACUAAUUGCUCCUUUCAGGAAGGGGAGCUUUACAAGCAAAUUGAGUGCUUCUACUCAGUGUUUGUUGUUCCCUGGUUUGAAAAGUACAAAAUUCUGAACAAAAACUGCACCGAUGACUAG